GUGCAGCUGUUUGUUUUGUUCGGGUUUGUGUUGGAUUUAUAGAGGUCGGAGAUUGAUUUUUUUAUUAUUUUUCAUAGUGCCCAUUAAACGGUAAAUAAAAAAAAAUGAAGAUUAUAAUUAAUGCUAUGUAGCGUAAUUAAAGGUGCAUGCACAACAAAGUUCGGUGGGAGUAUUAAACUUAGCACAUUAUAGAAUUUAGUCCUUCUGUGUUAAAGUACAUUUGUUGUGUUUGUUUCGGAUAGACUGGAUAUAGUUCAACUUAUUUUAUUGUAAUAAACAUGAUUGUUGAUUGUUUAAUAAGCCUUUAGAAAAGCGACUGAAAAGACAACUUCUAAUAAAUAUAUUUGACUAUGUCUAUAUCAGAACCUCAACUAUCAGUCAGAAUAGUAGUUUGUGAUCAUUACCUAACAAAACCAGUACCAGGUUUGGACAUAACAUAUUCAGAUUUCAGAGGCGCAGAUGUAAAACAGGUUCCAGUUUUAAGAAUAUUUGGGCCAUCAGUUGAUGGACAUAAAACAUGUCUUCAUGUUCAUGGAAUAUUUCCAUAUUUUUAUAUUCCAUGUCCAACAUCACAUCCUGAGCCUCAACUUUUAUACCAGAUAGCAGCUAGUUUAGACAAGGCAUUGAAUAUAGCACUAAAGCAAGCAACAUCAACCAACCAACAUGUAUACAAAAUCACAUUAGUCAAAGGACUGCCUUUUUAUGGAUUUCAUGACAAAUAUCAUCUGUAUUUAAAAGUUUUUCUUUAUAAUCCUAAUUUGAUAAAGCAAGCCGUUGAAUUGUGUGGCAAUGGUGCUAUCUUAGGCCAAAUAUUCCAACCGCACGAGUCCCAUCUUAAUUUCACUUUACAGUUUUUUAUUGAUUUUAAUCUUUUUGGCAUGAGUAACAUUGAUCUUGAAAAAGUUAGUUUUCGUAAAUAUGGUAUACAAAAUUCUGGUGAGCCAGAAAAUUUUGAUGAAAACAAGAUCAAGGCUGAAAGUGUUUGCUUUUAUGAAGCAGAUUGUUUAGCAACACAUAUAAUAAAUAGACAGAGGAUUGGCAAAGGUGAUGUUAUAGAAAAUCCAGGUCUAGAAGAGGUAUGGAAGCAAGAAAUAGAAAGGCGAAAACAACUCAAUUUAUCGAUUGCAUCAAAAUCUCUAAGUCAAGGAAGAAUGGGGUCAGAAGAAACAGAAUCACACUUUAAAUAUCAACAGAUAUGUCUAAUAAAGUUAUCUGGUGCCAUAGAUAAACCUGUAGAAUUUAAGUCUGAUAAUGAAAAGCUUCAGGAAAUGAUAUAUUAUCCAGCUGAAAGUAUUGAAGGAACACAACUUUUUGAUGCAGUAGAUGUCAGUAUCCAUCUACCUGAAAAUUGUUACAAAAAUAAUUUAAGUGGGACAUCUACAAGCGAUAUAAAUGACACACUAACAAAAGAUUUAGAGCAAACAAUUGUUAAUGAAAAUAUAGCCCUAAACAGUAGUCUUUCAAUACACCAUAGUCAAAUUUUAUUAAAUAUUGAAGAUAUAGAAUUAGUAGAUAUGUUAGAGGACAUGGAUGAAAAACCAUUUGAUCAAGAUAGUGUAAUGGGAACACCCGCCAAUAAAGAUCAAGAUGAACAUAAUGAAUCUGAUGAUGCUGACUAUUCUCAAAUCUUUAAUGAAGACACAAUUUAUGUAAAUAAUGAUGAUACCGAAAAUAAUUAUCUGUCAUGGAAUGAUUCAUUUUGGGAUGGAGCAAAUAUACCACAAUUAGAUGGAACUUUUGAUGACGAACAUUUAAAAAAAGUACGGAAAAGAAAAACGAGAUCACUACGGCUGGGAUUAUCAAAACCCAAAGAGAAAAAAAUACUCAAUCGUAGUAUUGAUCAUAGUGAAUCAAAUUUAGAUAUAAAUGAAUCUGAAGAAAUAAAUGUGUCUAGAGAUACAAUUGAUAGUAUUUCCAGCUUACACUUAAAAAAAUGUAUAAAGACAGAACCGCAAAGUGUCUUAGAAGAAAAUACAAAUAGCAAUAAUUUAGGACAAAAUACUGAAAAUUUACUCGACUUAGUGAAUAAAAUUUCAAUAAAACAUGAAAUAAGAGCAAGUGAAGUAUAUGACGAAUACAAUAAUUAUAUUCCAGUGCCUGGAACUUCGACGAAGUUUAUUAAGGCAGUAAUAAAAAAUAAUACAAUUAAUGAUGAAUCUAAUAAUUCACUGGAGUCAUCUAUAGAUAAUGAAUUAGGUAUAGUGAGCUUUUAUGAUAAUUCAAAAAUUUUCGAAACUUCAUUCAAUAAGUCAGUCACAGAAAUAACUGAAAGUAAACAAAAUUUAAAAACUAGCACAGAAAAAAAAUCUACAGGAUCUGAUGUAGUUAUCACACCUAAAAUAAGGCCCCC